AUGGCGAUUCCAUCUGACCAUUAUCCUUACUCUUUCGUCCAGCAAUCUGAACCAGAACCUCUUUCCUUGUUCGCUCAGACUUUGCGCGAAACCGACGAAGAGUUCUACACUACUUUUCCUCAGGCAAGGGCGGCCAGGCAGGCUCAAAUUGACGCCCAGUUGAACCAUGGCCAUGGCCCGGCUGAGAACUAUGGCUUUGGAGAGGGCAUUUGUUACGAAGCCCCUCCUUCGUUACAACCUUCACCGCAUCACGACUCUAUGCAAGUUGAGUGCCGAAGUCUUUACUAUGACUAUGCAAGCAUCCAGUCUAUGGCCAUCCACCCGACAACCCCUUCCCAGAACCUUGAUUCGAAACAAUUUAACCAAGCUGAACAACUCUACCAAUUUUAUGCCCCACCUCUGGAAAGUCGACCCGACCUAAACACUUAUCCGCAGGUCAAUCAAGUUCCCAGCCCGACCCAGUCACAGCAUUGCUCUUAUCCCUGUUGCAAAUCCAAGUCACAUGUGGUGGACCAUAUCGUGUCCGACGCUCCUGCACCUGGAAAGUUCAGACAGACGAUUUCAACGAGAACAGAAGUACCCCCUCCUUUUGACCCUACCCCCCAAUAUCGUACGGUUGCCGAGCCUGCCUGGCCAAAUUCGCCUGCUUCAACUACGCCAACUCGAAGGCAUCGCAUGGUGCAGGAACCGACAGUCAGAGUCACCUCUCGCGAUCAUCCUCCACACGUUUAUGCACGUCGUCAAAGCGACUAUCAGACCCACGCCCCGUCGUCACGUCACACUUUUGUGUGGCGGGCUCAUCGUUCUGUGUCGCCGCGACCCUUGAUGCCAUUGACCCCUCUUCCAAUCAAAUGUCCGGCGGAAAAGAAACCACCACUUGCGUGCCUCUUCUGCAGACGUCGAAAGAUUGCUUGUGGAGCUCCCAUCCCAGGAAGCAAGGACAAGACUUGCAACCAGUGCCAACGCCGAUCUCUGAGAUGUGAGUACCCAUUGGAAAGUCGGCGCGGCAUGAGGAAGAAGAAAGUCAACAUCAACGCCGAUGGGCCAAAGGUCACACUCACAAGAAGCAAAUCUUAG